AUGUCGUCGCAAUUUAUUUCUAGUAGCCAGAUUGACUCAUCCCAAACCCGGCCGCCGCUUGUCAGACGCUACAAUGUAGAACGAUCAUGCAUUCGAUGCCAUGAGCGCAAAGUCCGUUGUAACAAAGCAGUGCCAUGCUCUGCCUGCACUAAAGUUGGAGUGCAAUGUCGGUAUCCUGGUCCAGAAAAGACCAAGCGCCGUUCUCAAAAAGGGAAACAAUCGCAACUUUAUGCUCGCUUAGAUAAGUUGGAGAGAGCCUUGCGAGGAGUUGCUGAACCGCCUCGUGUCCAGGAGGAUACCGGCCAGCUUGAUGAUACUAGAUCUUCGGAAGACCUACCAUCAGGUUCGCCUGGGGGUUCGAUUCUCCAAACUGGCAACCACAACAAUCAGAGCGCACCGUCUGAACACCUACAUCUAGACUCAGAUCAAGGGUUUCUUGUAAAAGAUGGCACAACCACUCGAUACAUCAACGAGGCCCUGUUAUCGCAAGUAUUAGAAAAGGAAAGCGAACUCCAGUCGGCAAUUGGCACACCGAACAGUGCGAGCACCUUGGAAAAACGACGACCUACAUUUGGAAUCCGAGGCCUUAUUUCCAACCCUUGCAUAUCUUCAACAAAUCUUUCCACGCUUUAUCCAACAAAGAUGCAGGCUACGCGGUUGUGGCACGUGUGGUUAAACAAUGUCAACCCCAUCGUGAGGCUGCUUCACAUCCCAACUACCCAGCCACUCUUUUUCGCUGCUGUGAACAACCCUACACAGACAUCCGCAGACUUCAGCGCUCUUAUCUUCUCAAUAUAUUUUGCAGCCGUGACAAGUAUAGAUGACUCAGAGACCUAUCUGAUACUAGGCCAAGAUCGGCAGUCGGCGCUGAAUGCCUAUCAGUGUGGCCUUGAAUUGAGCCUUCACAUGGCCGACUUUUUGGAUUAUCCCACCAUAGCUUCCAUACAAGCCAUGUCAAUGUAUCUAAUGUGCCACCGGAGCCAUAACAGUGGACGAUCUGGAUGGGUAUUGAACGGUCUCGUAGUUCGUGCAUCGCAGUGUAUUGGACUUCACCGUGAUGGCGAGCAUUUCAAACUCUCCCCCCUGGAAUGCGAGAUUCGCCGUCGGUUAUGGUGGCAUGUUAUGAUUCUUGAUGGUCGAGUGGCAGAGGACCAUGGGAUUAUCACCGGUGGUUACGGAAACCGUUGUUUUGACACCAAGCUUCCCCUCAAUAUAAAUGAUACAGACUUGACCGCCGAUAUGGAACAUCCUCCCGAGGCCAAAGAAGGACCAACCGAAAUUUCUUUGUCCCUCGUUUCUAUCGAAUCAAAUCGAGCCAUGCAAGAACUUCAUCACGUCAUCAGUCAGGGUCCGAAUGGCAACGACAAAGUGACACGCCUAAAGAAAAUUCUGAAGGACGUCAAAGAGAGGAUGCAAGAGAAAUAUCUUCAGUACUUCGAUACUAAUGUGCCUAUACAGAGGUACGCUUUUUUGCUAGGACAAGUGCAAAUCGUCAAAAUGGAAGCUAUGGUCUGCCAGCAAUAUCUCAAAGGCCGAUCAGCAGAGAACCCAUCUGACCUUGUCUGCAAUGAAUCUCUGACUCAUGCCAUUAAAGGUUUGGAAAUUUGCAUUUUGAUGAAAACAGAUGAACUUUCAAUGAACUAUCAAUGGCUUUGCAGUACCUACAUCCAAUACAGUGGGCUGACUCAUGUUCUCUGGUCCUUGUGUGUCUGUCCUCAGUCGGAAAGCGCCGAGAGGGCAUGGAGUGCAGUGGAGCGGUCUUUUGAGCUGGAAGAAAGGCCAGGCGCGCCAGAACUCGGUCAGAAGUGGAGUGUCCUUCGCAAGCUCAGAGACAAGGCCCUUUCUGUUCGGCAUGCGCUUGGAUCGAGCAAGGGCUCUGUAACUACUGAAUUUCCAAAUUCGGAGCACCCACAAAUUCAGACUGGAAACAUAGAUGAGGACAUUUAUAAUAUUGCAAUAGCGGAGGGACUAAUGUUGGAUCUUGACUUUGAUAUGAUAGCUGGGCUUCACGCCUUUUCUGCAGAUCAUGAUUUUCAGGAUCGAGGACUUCAAUUAUAA